AGCCCGCUUUGUGGAUAACGACCCCCACUAUUAGGGCGGAGAGACAUGUAGUAUCUUGUUAGUAUAUCCAUCAUCUUUGUCAAUGACAAUUUACCCAAUUUAACCACGACAUUCACAAGUCAGAGAGCAUAACCGAUGUUAGAUCAGCGCCCUGGAGCAAACUAUCGCUGAACUGCGGCAGUCGUGUGAUAGCGACUGUUGCUUUUGUUAGCAAAAUGGCGACAAGCGGAGAAGCCCCGGAAUCUUGGUAUCUGGCUCUGCUCGGCUUUGCGGAACAUUUUCGCACCUCAAGUCCCCCCAAGAUCCGUCUCUGCGUCCACUGUCUGCAGGCGGUGUUCCAGUUUAAGCCGCCGCAGAGGGUCGAAGCCCGAACUCAUCUCCAACUGGGCUCGGUACUCUACCACCACACCAAGAACACGGAACUCGCCCGGAGCCACUUGGAGAAAGCGUGGUUCAUAUCACAACAAAUCCCUCAGUUUGAAGAUGUCAAAUUUGAGGCUGCAAGUCUUCUGUCAGAGCUCUAUUGCCAACAGAAUCUGGUUGACUCUGCGAAGCCCUUGCUGCGGAAGGCCAUUCAGAUCUCCCAACAGACUCCCUACUGGCACUGCAGAUUACUCUUCCAACUGGCGCAACUGCACACGCUGGAGAAGGAUCUAGUGUCUGCCUGUGACCUCCUGGGGGUCGGGGCAGAGUAUGCCCGGGUAGUGGGCUCCGAGUACACCAGAGCCCUCUUUCUUUUGAGUAAAGGAAUGCUGCUGCUGAUGGAGAGGAAGCUGGGGGAGGUGCACCCCCUGCUGACUCUGUGUGGGACCAUCGUGGAGAACUGGCAGGGAAAUCCCAUCCAGAAGGAGUCCCUCAGGGUGUUCUUCCUGGUGCUGCAGGUCACACACUACCUGGACGCUGGACAGGUGAAGAGUGUGAAGCCGUGUCUGAAGCAGCUGCAGCAGUGCAUCCAGACCAUCUCUACACUCCACGACGACGAGAUCCUACCCAGUAACCCUGCCGACCUGUUCCACUGGCUUCCCAAGGAGCACAUGUGUGUCCUCGUCUACCUGGUGACAGUCAUGCACUCCAUGCAAGCAGGCUACCUGGAGAAGGCCCAGAAAUACACAGACAAAGCUCUCAUGCAGCUGGAAAAGCUCAAAAUGCUGGACUCCAGCCCCAUCCUCUCCACGUUCCAAGUCAUCCUGCUAGAACACAUCAUCAUGUGUCGUCUCGUCACUGGUCACAAGGCCACGGCACUGCAGGAGAUCUCUCAGGUGUGUCAGCUGUGCGCUCAGUCCCCAAGGUUGUUCACCAACCACGCAUCCCAGCUACACACCCUGCUAGGUCUGUACUGCAUCUCCGUGAACUGCAUGGAUAACGCAGAGGCGCAGUUCACUGCUGCCCUGCGGGUGAGUGACCUGACGACGCACCAGGAGCUGUGGGCGUUCAUCGUGACCAACUUGGCCAGCGUCUACAUUAGGGAAGGCAACAGGCACCAGGAGCUUUAUAGCCUGUUGGAGAGGAUAAACCCAGAUCACAACUUCCCUGUCAGCUCUCAUUGUCUGCGAGCAGCAGCCUUCUACAUCCGUGGACUGCUCUCCUUCUUCCAGGGACGAUACAAUGAGGCCAAGCGGUUCCUGAGGGAGACUCUGAAGAUGUCCAAUGCUGAAGACCUGAAUCGUCUGACUGCAUGCUCUCUGGUCCUACUGGGCCAUAUCUUCUACGUACUGGGGAACCACCGGGAGAGCAACAACAUGGUUGUUCCAGCUAUGCAGUUGGCCAGCAAGAUCCCCGACAUGUCAGUCCAGCUCUGGUCCUCAGCUCUGCUCAAGGAUCUGAACAAGGCGUGUGGGAACACCAUAGAUGCCCAUGAGGCGGCUCAGAUGCAUCAGAACUUCUCCCAGCAGCUCCUGCAGGACCACAUCGCUGCCUGCAGCCUCCCUGAGCACAACCUCAUCAGUUGGACGGAUGGACCACCUCCAGUGGGACAGUUUCAGGCACAGAACGGACCCACUACCAGCCUGGCCAGCCUGCUCUGAGCACCACCACGCCAUGACCGGAUGAGAGGGGAAGGGACCGGAUGAGAGGGGAAGGGACCGGAUGAGAGGGGAAGGGACCGGAUGAGAGGGGAAGGGACCGGAUGAGAGGGGAAGGGACCGGAUGAGAGGGGAAGGGACCGGAUGAGAGGGGAAGGGACCGGAUGAGAGGGGAAGGGACCGGAUGAGAGGGGAAGGGACCGGAUGAGAGGGGAAGGGACCGGAUGAGAGGGGAAGGGACCGGAUGAGAGGGGAAGGGACCGGAUGAGAGGGGAAGGGACCGGAUGAGAGGGGAAGGGACCGGAUGAGAGGGGAAGGGACCGGAUGAGAGGGGAAGGGACCGGAUGAGAGGAUAGAAGUGAAGGGAAAGAAAAGAAGAGGGAGACUCGUAAUGCUGCUGAUCUGCAUACAGCCUGGAUGCCGGUCUGUUUGAACAUUGUUGUUACCAUGCCAAUGAGAAGCGCUAACUAAUGCUGAAAUGGAGAGAGAACCUCAGACUGCCACCGGCCAUUUAAUGAAAGUAUAGUACCUUUGAGUUGAAACCUCACAUCAAAUCUUUAUUUUUUUCUCAAGUUUUUACUGAUAUCCACAUGGCAGUCCAAGCUAGCUUUUUGGUCUAGCCGGUGGUGUGUAUGGUUGACUUUGAAUUGCUGACAACAAGGGUUCCGUAGAAGGUUUUUACACGCAGAGAGAAAAGACACCGCCCCUACCCCAAGCUCAGAGCAGAACAAUAAACCAGUGAGAAGACGGUCACUGGAGCGAGAGAACUUUAAAAAAAUGGUUAGGUCCUACACAACAGUCCUAGUGGGCAGUAAAGGCAUUGGAUUGGGUGAAUAUUUUAGUCGUUUUUAUUAUUUGUUUUUUUACUCAACUUUUUAAUGGCAGCGGUGUUGGCACCCCCUUUUUUCGCAUCUAAAAAGUAUUGUCCGCCUGAACUCUACUACAGUACCCAUUGCAGCCAGAGGGGGGCACUGCAUAGUCAUAUUUGAGAAACCUGUUGGUGAAAUGGCAAAGGACACUUAGUUGUAUUUUAUGAAAGUUUUUAAAUGGUGGUAGGGUUUUCAAGAAUACCACAAUUCUUAUUCACUGUGUAACUAUAUGUGAGUCACUUUUUUCUUUGUAUGGUGUAUCCCAAUGCUGAUUCUUAUUUUCCAGACUUACAAACCAUUUUGCAAUGACACCUAUGUGUUGUAAAUAUUAACAAUUUAUUUUACCAAAUGAAUCAUUUAUUAGAUUUUGUAAAGUUUAACUAUUUAUAUACCAGGUUUGACAAUAUAUUAGUUUCACUUUUCUUUCUUUAUGCAGAUAUGUUUUUGUAAAAUGGCAUGUGAACAUUUAGACUUUUUCCCCAUUGUGUAUUCUGCUGUUUUUUAUGAAUGAUUUAAACAUUUUAAAAGCCAGGUUUGGUCAGUUGUGGAGCAAACUGCUCGAGCUACGCCAGCCUUAUCAAGUCUUUUAUACUAUGGGGUUAUUAUGGGUUGGUUAUUUUCUUUAUGCUGGUAUUGUUUUAAAUAAUUCAACACGUUAUCAUAAAGUCUCAUAGAAUUGCUAAAUGAAAUUGAGUUAUUUUGCAUUGAUUUAAAAAAAAUAAAAAAAUAAUGCUGAUCUGAA